AUGGCCAAAUCAGCCAGAGCGUCUGUCACAAAACGCAACCACCGAAAUCUGCGUGCCAAAGUCUUCGGUCCUGCCCACGAUGCCCGGCUAGAAAGAUUAUCCACCAAACUCCAGGAACUAGCAGCGAAGCCAAAGGCGAAUGAGGAGAAGGCUAUGGAUGUUGACGAUACAACUGAACAAGCAGAGGCGGAAGAGCCCACAAACGACGGUGCAGAAGAUAUGGAGGUCGAUGCCGAUGGCACGAAGUCAAAGUCCACCAAUCCUCGGUCGAAGAAGAGCCGGUCAAACGCAAAAGUCCACAAGGUGUCCAAGAGAAAACCAAGGAACUUGAUGGUCUUUGCUUCUGAAAGAGCAAGGAAGGCGAAAAUGGCUUCUAAAGCGAAGAAACGAUGA